AUGAUUUUAAUGAUUUAUUUUAUUUUUGCUAUUAAAUCUAUUGAUGCUAGUACUCAAGUAUGUAAUGGUCCAUUGGGUAUGAUUAGUGGUGAAAUACGUGAUUGGCAAAUCACAGCAUCAUCAACACUUUGGGAUACUGAUUGUCAUGAAAAAAAUGCUCGACUGUAUCAACCAUCAAAUCGUGCAUGGUGUGCACGACAUAAAUCAGAUUCAGAGUGGUUACAAAUUGAUUUGGGUAUUGCAGCUAAAAUAUCAGGUGUAUUAACUCAAGGUCGAGCUAAUAAAGAAGAAUAUGUUAUGUCGUUUAUGGUAUCAUAUAGUACUGAUGCUUUUCGAUGGCAAUACCUUGUUGAUCGAUAUGGAAAUCAAAAACAACAAGGACAAGGGAAUAUUAAUUCAUUAAAAACUGAAGGGAGUUCGUAGAUUUCACCAAGUGAACUUAAUAAAUCAACAUUCAAACAUGAAUAUAUAACAAAAACUUUAUCUUAUGAUGAAAAAUUAUUUCGUCAAUUGUCAAUUCCUAUUUUAUGGUUAGAUGUACAAGGUGAUGUUCGAUGGAAUCAAGCUGCUGAACAUGGUAUGCUAAAUUAUCUUACUCAAAAACAAUUUCCUGAUCUUGAUCGAAUUGGAAAAUCAUCGAUGAAUAAAAAAGAAAUAUUAAAUAAAUGUCGUGCACAAUCACUCUUUAUUUUACAUGAACAUUGGUCAGGAUUUUUUAGUCGAGUACUCUGUUUUAUAGCUCAAUUUGGUCAAACACUUUAUAGUCCACGUAUCGCUGUACUUAGUGGAAUUCAAUUUUCAGGUUCACGUGGUGCUAUAGAUGAUUUCUUAAAACAAGGUAUUACACGUUAUUUUUUACCAAUAUCUAUUUGUUCAGCGUAUCAACAUCAUCCUGAAAUGAACACUUUGAAAAAUCUUAUUGACUUAGCACCAAAUGCAAUACGUAUAUCAACUAGUCAUGAAUUAUACGAAAAUAGAAAUAAUAAAUUAGAUCGUGUAUUAACAUCAGCAAAAUUUUGGACAAUGGAUUAUCAUCAUGUACCUAUACGAAAAUGGUUAUUUGAUCGAAAACAAACAUCUGUUUCAUAUAGUUCUUCAAUAGAUAUUCUUUCAAAUCAUUCUAAUGAACAUAUAUAUGCUCCAAAAAAUGAACAAAAUGUUCCUAUUGGUGAAUGGAUUAAUAGAAAUAAACCUGAUGCAUUUUCUUCUGAUCUUUUACCAAAUCAAGGUAAAUAUAAAUUAACAUGGCAAGACCACGUAUUUGGUUCAUUUCUUCGUUAUAUGUUUGCUUUAUUUUUUGGUUCACAAAAUUCACCACGUAUUGAAUUUAGUGUUCGAAUAUUAACACAAUAUUGGUUGAGUUAUUUAACUGAUAAAUAUUCUAUACGUUCAAAUAUUAAUAUAUUUGAUGAACUUGCUGGUGUAUAUAUUCGUCGAGGAGAUAAAGCAUCUGAAGAUUCAUUUUGGGCUAAACAUAAUCGUUGGCGUAAUCUUUCACUUUAUGUUAAAGGUAUUGUUGAUGAAGAACAACGUCGAAACAAAACGUUUAAAUAUAUAUUUGUUAUGACAGAUGAUAAAUCUGUUAUGAGAUCAAUGCAAGAUUAUGCAAAUCUAAAGUCAGAGGGUACUGAUGAACCAUAUGCACGACAAUAUUUACGUGGAAGAGAAAUUCUUUAUAAUGUAUUAGCACCACAAGAAUGUUUUGAUCCAUUUAUUCGUAUUGGAUUUGAUCAAUUUCUUGUUAGUAUGCGAUUUUUAAUUGAACAUUCGGCUUUUACAAUUGGUCAUACAGAUUCGAAUGUUUUUCGAUUUUUUCGAGAAGUUGUUUAUGCUCAACGACAACAUCAAACAAAUGUACAAACAUUUACAUAUGUUCAAAAUGCUCCAGAUUCUUUGGAAAAUAAUACAGAGAGACAUAGCACUAUAAAAAAUAAAUUAAAGAAUUGA